GGGAGAGCGGAUAUAGUGAAUGCAGGGUCCUGGGAGACCAGAUAUAGUGAAUGCAGGGUCCGGAGACCAGAUAUAGUGAAUGCAGGGUCUGGGGAGACUGGAUAUAGUGAAUGCAGGGUCCUGGGAGACCAGAUAUAGUGAAUGCAGGGUCCGGGGGAGACCAGAUAUAGUGAAUGCAGGGUCUGGGGAGACUGGAUAUAGUGAAUGCAGGGUCCUGGGAGACCAGAUAUAGUGAAUGCAGGGUCCUGGGAGACCAGAUAUAGUGAAUGCAGGGUCCGGGGAGACCAGAUAUAGUGAAUGCAGGGUCCGGGGUAACCCUUGCAGUGUGCAGCCCCAGUGAUUAAGAGAAUGUUCAAGUUUCCUAGAGUUUGGU